GUGGGGGGCACCAGGCCGUGGGGAGCCCUGUGGAGGCUGGAGGUGGGGAAGUCUCACCCCCCUUCAUGCUCAGUGCUUGCAGCGCCUGCAGUCCCCACGCAUGGACCUGUGCCACGUCCCUGCCACCCGGGAGAAGGGCUGGUACCUGGCACUGAUGGCUCCCAACGUCAAAGGUCCCAACUAUGCCUGGCUGGACCCCUCCCGGCUCUACUGCCACCCGCAAGGCUUGCAGGACUGCGUGGCCGACCUGCUGCAGCCCUUCCAGGGAGAUGCCAUCGACAUGGUGGCCGGCAUUGACGCCAUGGGCUUCAUCCUGGGCGCUGCAGCCGCUGCCACCCUGCGGAAAGGCUUCCUGGCCAUCCGCAAAGCCGGGCACCUGUGCGUGCCGACGGAGGCACAGCCCUACAGCGACUACUCGGGCCGCCAGAAGCUGAUGGAGCUCCGCACCGACGCCAUCUCGCCCGGUCUGCGCAUCCUUCUGGUGGACCAGUGGGUUGAGACUGGGGGCACCAUGAGAGCGGCCAUCGAGCUGGUGGAGCGGCUGGGGGGGGUCGUGGCAGGUGUCGCUGCCAUCUGCAUGGAGAGCAGCGAGGGAGGGAAGUGGAUCCAGGAGCGCUACAAGUGCUCCCACUGUGUCCCCCCUCGCCUGCAGCCCCGCUUCGACCAGCACCAGUUUGGCUGGGACUGAUGUGGGACUGGCACCUCGUGUGUCCCCCCGAGGGGACUGGCUGCUGGCUCUACAGGACAGGAAUGAUCCUCAGUGGAAAAGGAGCUCAUCGUCAGUGGCAGCAUCCAUCCUCCUGCUUGCCUAUGAACCUGGGGGCUGCACCCAGGCACAGGGAGACUCACAGCCAGCCCCAGCCCCCAGACCCCAGACCCAGGUCUUUCUU